ACGGUAUAUUUCAUAAAUAAUCAAAUCCGAGAGAUGCAUACUCAGCAACGAAUGGGGGAGGCUCCUUCCGGUCAAUCGCGUCAGACCGGUCAGCGGCAGCCCCCUUCUGGUCGGUCGACGCCGCGGAGCACGCUGAGAAAGAGUGGCGAUGAGGGCAGUGCGCCCCCCGAAAGCGCCUGUGUUAACAUAGGCCCUAAAGGAGAAAAAGAUGACUUGCAGGGGAUAUCAGAAAUAUGGAAUCUUCCAAAAGAAACUAAGAAAAAGGAAAACAAGUCCUCCGUCUGCGAUGUCAUAUUUUUAAAAAUGUGCAGAGUUGUGCUCUUUAUUGUUUUGACGCUAUUGCUGCUUUCGUGCGGCAUACUGCACAAGCUUUACUUCUUGACUCUUCUGAAAAAUCUCUCUGAGAAACUGCAUGCUCCAGUCCAUAGCGAUUUGUCGAAAGUUGAAAACAAGAAAAUUCAAGCAAUUUCAAUUCUCGUGUGCAUUGCAUUUUUUGAAUUCUUCACAUCUCUUGUUACUCUUUGGAGAGUUGUUUUCCAAGAUCAGAAGACUAACUGGACAAGACAACACUUAGCGACAGCUAUCCAGCAGGCCGUGAGCACUAUUGGAGAGGUAUAUUUGAUCAUCUAUGCCCUUCCAUUACUGGACAGUUUGAGGGCAUGUUUAGUUGUGACAGUUCUACCACUUAUUCCAAGCAUAUGCACGUUCGUGAGCACAAUUGGUCGGCUCAGGGUCAAGCGAUGUAUUAGAAAAGGUUCUUUUCUCAAACUUUGUGUAGCGGGUUUCCCGGUUUUGGCACUGGCAGGGAGUGUUUUCUUAUUGAUGUAUUGGCUAAUACCAUUUGACAGAGACUUGCACCUAAAAUGGGCGUUACCAACUCUUUUGAUGUGUAAGUCAGUAUGCUAUUUGGAUAAUUUUCUUUGCUUAAAAAGAACUGCAAAUGUUCCAAAACAAACAACAGGUGAACAAGAUUCCCAUUCGGAGACAAGUGAAUCUAAAAUAGAAGAAAAACAGUACAAGACGGAACAUAAACAAGAAUUUAUUCGAUUUACUGUUCGUUGGUUAAUAUGUUUAUUGUUUAUUAUUUCGAUAGUGUUGAAUUUAAAUAUGAAACUAAUAGAAAUAGUCGACAAACAGAAAAAUUCUGAAUCAUCUCUGACAAACGAGAACAUCGAAUCUUUAGCGUACAAUUCAACAACAAAUUCCACACUUGUACCACAACAGGAGAAUGGAAAUGUGACUUUAGAUUCUACGAAUGCUUUUUACCCAACAAUUUUCAACCAAUUGAUGGAGUUUUAUGACAGCUAUAAGCUUGAAAUUAGAACAUUGACUUGUUCAUUUGCGAUUUCACGAUUAGCUUUGCUGGCUUGUCGACUGUCAAUGCAGCAAUUUUCAUUUGCUUUGCCACUCAUACUUACUCCACUGUUAUCAAUAAUAACUGUUAUUAGUCUUUCGUGCAAUAACUUUCCUGAGAGUAUCGAGCACAUGGCCGGAAUAAGUCUGACAUGUUUUAUAUCUGAAGACAAUGAAAUUGAGUUUUUCAUCGCUUGUUGGGCUUUGGCUUGGAUUGCUGUUAUCACCUUAACGUGGUACAUUUGGGUUCCUCGGGUCGAGAGAAUGGCAAAACUGGAGAGGUUGUUUUCCGGCAGUUUUUACGAUUUCUUUUUCCCUGAUUUGAAUAUGCUCCUUCGAAGGAGAAAUGACCAUCAAAUUGGAGAGCAACACACAAACAAUGUACAAUCGAGUGACGUUCCAAAAGUCAUUAUCUGCGUAACAAUGUGGCACGAAACAUGCCAAGAAAUGUGUCAGCUUCUAAAGUCUAUUUGCAGAUUAGAUCUGCAUUUAUCUAUUCGAGAGGAAGCUGACACUGUAGGCGAGGACGGAAUCGGGACAGAAGACGGAAAACAAGACGCUGAAAAGAAAACACAAGACCCUGAUAAAAUUCAAAUUGAGGUUCAAAUAGUAUUUGACGAUGCAUUUUGCUCAACAAAAAACGGUCGUGAGGUUAAUGAAUAUCUGCUCCAGUUUAUGUCAUGUUUGCAAAAGGCUGUUAGAUCCGUGUUGAAAGACAAGGAGUUCGUGAAGUGGAAUAAAACAUUCCAAAGGAAAGUGGUUCAGACCCCUUAUGGUGGACAAUUCGUUCUACAACUUCCAGGCGGUACACAAAUGACGGUGCAUUUGAAGGAUAAGAAAAAGAUAAGGGCCCGAAAACGAUGGUCUCAGGUGAUGUAUAUGUACUAUUGUUUGUUGUACAAAAUGGGAAAGACCUAUCCAGAUACGAUUAAAGAGGAGCUGAAGAAGACAUUCAUUCUAACCCUUGACGGUGAUGUAGACUUUGAACCGAAGUCAGUUCUACGAAUGAUGGAUCGAAUGAAGAUGAACAACCGUGUCGCAGCAGUUUGUGGCAGGAUUCACCCAAUAGGAUCAGGUCCAAUGGUGUGGUACCAACAAUUCGAAUAUGCAGUCGGCCACUGGCUUCAAAAGGCAUGCGAACAUAUAUUCGGUUCUGUGCUAUGUUGCCCUGGAUGCUUUUCUAUAUUUCGAGCAUCUGCCCUAGUUGACGAUAACGUCUUGAAAACGUACACUAAAGAGCCAGAGGAUGGAAAACACCUUGUGCAGUUUGAACAAGGCGAGGAUAGGUGGCUUUGUACUCUUCUCAUUAAACGAGGAUACAAGAUAGACUACUGCGCAGCCGCAGAUGCAAAAACGUUUGCACCAGAAAACUUUUGGGACUUUUUUGUUCAACGACGGCGCUGGUCACCAUCAACAAUGGCAAAUAUGAUUGACUUGGUCCUUUGUUGGAAACAAAUAGUCCAAAACAACAGAGAAAUCAACCAUUUCUUUAUGCUUUAUCAAUUAGUACUGGUUGUAACAAGUGUAUUAGCUCCUGGAACUGUCCUUGUUAUGAUAGCAGGGUCAUUUAGUUCAGUAUUAAGUUUGAAGCCAUGGAAUGCAUUUUUCGUAGCCGUGACUCCGGUAGUUUUGUUCGCAGUGUUAUGCCUGACAGUAACUCAGAAAAAGCAACUCCUUGUGGCCGCAAUACUAAGCACAGCAUAUACGUUUGUAAUGGUUAUUGUGACAAUCGGCAUGAUUUUAAACAUUGUGAGCGAGACAGUUCUUUCUCCAAGCGUGAUUUUCCUUAUAUUUGUUGGAGCAGUAUUUUUAAUAUCGGCCUUGCUUCACCCUCAAGAAUUCACAUGUCUCCUUCCUGGCUUACUAUAUUACGUUUCUGUGCCUUCUACAUUUAUUUUUCUGACUGUAUUUUAUAUGUGCAAUUUACAUGACAUCCGUUGGGGUACUCGAGAAUCCAAAUCUCCAUCAUCCCAAACGCAAGGACAGAGUGGAAAUAAGAAAUCUUUUAUGCGUUUGCUUAUCGCUCUUGUUCAACAAUACUUGCAAGCAAAACUCGGUGAAAUUAACCCAAAUGGUCCCGAUUUGGAACAGGUUGAAAUACAACAAAGCGAACAACACGUGGACAUGAUAAAUUAUGAAGACGAUAGCUACUGGAUAAAAUCACAAUUAACAGACUCAAAACAAAGGUUAAAAAAAUAUUUACUCAGCAAAGAUGAGGACACAUUUUGGACAUAUACAAUUCAAAAAUAUUUGAAGCCACUUGAAAACAAUAAGAAACUCCAAGAAAAAUUUAAUCGUGAAUUAAUUUCGUUGAGGAACAACUGUGUGUACGGUUUCUUUAUGUUGAACUUUAUGCUAGCAUUAGCACUGUUGCAAUUACAAGUAAGCAAAGAAAAUUUAAAUGGGUUUUAUAUCGCGGGGAAAUAUGAACCAUUAUCAGUAACGUUCCUGUCUAUUUUUGCAAUUUUACUUUUGACCCAAUUUAUUUUUAUGCUUUCCCAUCGAUGGAGAACUUUCUGCCAUUUUAUUUCGAGCACAAAGGUAUUUGAGUGCUUCUGUUCAAGACGAAAAAAGACUAAAGCGCAUGAAUUUCAAGAACACUUGAAGGAGAUUGAGCAUGAUUUGGAGGAAGAUGAAGAAGCAGAUGAUCCCCCGCCUAAUAAUAUGAAUGAGCCUGAUGUUGAUUAUGACGACUUUGAUUGCGAAACUAUUUCUGAUACGGCAUCUUCUUCACCAAGUAGACCAAACGCAAGAACAUUCAAUAUUUACCGUCACAGGAUACAGACUGUGCGCAAUAAAAAACUACAUAGACAGCCGAUUAAUGAAUGUUUGUAUCAUCUUGACCAUGGUCGUGUUGAUGGAUCUUUUUUACGACCUGGAGUUAAAUACCCUAGCAACAUUUUUCAUGAGGACAGAAGAGGUAGUGAGCUGAUAUAGUGAUAAUGAAGUCCGCGUUAAAGUAACAGACUACAGUCAACUGAUUACUACCUUUGUAAAGUUCCAUGUUUUUGAUUGUACACGUGUUUGUUUAGAAAUAUAUUCAGUUACAUUUAAUCGUAUUUAAAGUUUAAAUAAGUGGUUUUAUGGCCGAGUAUUGUCUGUUGUAACGACCGUACAUAUGUCAUAAAGAAAUGUGUUAAACGGAUAAUAUGAAAAUGAAAUAUUUAAAUUGACUAUUUAA